CGAGCUUCGGGUGAUAGAAGUAGAACCCCAUAUUUGGGGUUUUUGUUUAGCCGCUGAGAAGGAACAACGAAGAAGAGAGAGAGAGAGAGAAUGGUGAGGCUAACGGCGGACCUGAUUUGGAAAAGUCCUCACUUUUUCAAUGCCAUUCGCGAGCGUGAAUUAGAUCUUCGAGGCAAUAAGAUUCCUGUUAUAGAGAAUUUGGGUGCGACUGAGGAUCAAUUUGACACCUUUGAUUUGUCUGACAAUGAGAUAGUAAAGCUUGAAAACUUUCCCUAUCUGAAUCGACUGGGUACUUUGUUGUUAAACAACAAUAGAAUUACCCGAAUCAAUCCCAACAUUGGAGAGUUUUUGCCAAAACUGCACAGUCUGGUUCUUACCAAUAAUAGACUCACUAACUUGGUUGAAAUUGAUCCGCUUGCAUCGCUUCCAAAGCUCCAGUUCCUUAGCCUAAUGGAUAAUAAUAUCACAAAAAAACCCAACUAUCGCUUGUAUGUCAUCCACAAGUUGAAAUCCUUGCGCAUGCUAGAUUUCCGGAAAGUGAAACAGAAGGAGCAAAUGGAGGCUGAUAGCCUAUUUGCAUCACAAAAAGCUGAAGAGGAGGCUAAAAAGGAAUCUGCGAAGACAUUUGUGCCCGGAGAGAUUACGAGCACCCCAGAGGUUUCAACAGAAGAGCAAACACCUAAAGUUGUUGCCCCUACCCCAGAGCAAAUUAUAGCUAUCAAGGCUGCAAUUGUGAAUUCCCAAACCCUUGAGGAGGUGGCAAGGCUUGAACAGGCGUUGAAGUCGGGCCAGCUUCCUGCAGAUCUGAAUAUUGAUAAUGAUGCCAAAACCGACAAUGAAAAUGCUGAAGAGGACCAAAUGGUCACAGAUGGGGACCAAACGGUCACAGAUGGCAAAAAAGAACCUAAUGACGGACUGGGAGAUGCCAAACUUGGACAGAAGAAUGAUGAUCCUGCAGAAAUGGAGCAGGAAUAGAGUCUUUUCCUGCCAUGGUAUGAGAUUAACCAUGAUCAUGACUGUUCCUUGGCUAUUCCUAAGCGAAGAGCUUCACUUGUCCAAGUAAUCGAGUUAGUUUAUUUAUGUAGUGAAGCUGUUUUUGUCGAAUGUAUCAUUAGAAUCAAUUUAUCAUUUUAUACUUUACACAAACAAAUGGAUUGAAGAGGCUUAGUUUUACAUGACUACCCAUGCUUGUUUGUUCAAAUUGUCAGGUGCUUUUCCGUUUGUAGAUGGAAGUAUGGUAAGAAUCUGUUUUCCAAUGGCCAUGUCCGUGUGGUUAUUGGAGGUGCCAGUGUGAAAGUGUUCAUGUUGAAAUACUAUGACAGAUAAUAUGCUCACCUACGAGUCGAU